AUGGGGGGGUGGGGGUGGGGUAUGGGGGGGGGGGUUAUGUUGUGGGGUUUGGGUUGUUGUUGGGGUUAUGAUUGGGGGUGGGUGGUUGUUUUGGGGGGUAUAGGGGGGGGUGGUUUAGGGGGGUAUUUGUGGUGGGGGGGGUGGUGGGUGGGUGUGUUUGGGGGGGGGGGGGGGGGGGGGGAAGGGGGUUAUGGAUUUUGGAGUGUUUGUAGUAUGGGAAAUGUGUGUUGGGGGGGUAUUGGGGGGGGGGGGUGUGGUUUUUGGGUUGUGGUUGGGGUGGGGGGGGGUUUUGGUGGUGUAUGGGUGAGGGGUUUGGUGGGUUGGUGUUGGGUUGUGGAGGGGUUGGUUGGGGGUUGUGGAGUGUGGGGGGGUGGGGGGUGGGGGGGUUGGGGGGGGGAGGUAGUGGGGUUUUUGGGGGUGGUUGGGGGGGGAUGGGGUGGGGGGGGGGUUUUUGGGGGUGGGUUUGUGAGAGAUUAG